CGAGGGUUUCACUUUGCAGCAGUCGAAAUGGGCGACGUGGACGAUACCAAUUCGCCGCUGAGCGCGCGCGGCCCCCCGCGGAUGGAGCCGCCGAUGACGGCCAAGAACUACCUCAUCCACAAACUGUAUUUGCGCCAAGAGUACACCGAGUGUCUCCGGCUCAUCGAGGAGAUGCUAAAGGAGCACCACGGGCUGUGCGAAUUCCCCAUUUACGUCAAAGCGCUCAUCUUGCAGCGCAACGGGCGCAUCCAAGAGUCACUGCAGCUCUUCCAGGCAGCGACGUGCCUCAAUCCCGAAAACAAGGACAACCUCAAGCAGGUCGGGCGGUCGCUCUACUUGCUCGGGAAGCACAAGGCCGCGAUCGAGGUGUACGAAGAAACGCAGAAGCUCCCGGGCUUGGAGGACUGGGAAGUCUCGCACAACAUUGGGCUCUGCUACAUGUACCUCAAGGACUUUGACCACGCGAUUGAGGCGUUCCAGCACGCCAACAACGUCCACCGCCACGACACGACCUUUCUCCAGCUCGGCAAGGUCCACACGCUUCGGGAUGACUUUAAAGCCGCCAUCAACGUCUACCUCGAGGCGCUCGAGUUCUCGCCCGAGAGCCCGGAGCUGCUCACUACGAUCGGGCUACUGUACCUUCGCAUUGGCGAGAACUUUCGCGCGUUCGACUAUCUUGGCAACUCGAUGACGCACGACCCCCGCAACGCCAAGACGAUCCUUGCCGCGGGCUCGAUCAUUCAAGACCAUGGCGACAUGGACGUGGCGCUCGUCAAGUAUCGUGUCGCGGCGGUUCAGACGCCCAACUCGGCGCAACUCUGGAACAACAUUGGCAUGUGCUUCUUUGGGAAACAGCGCUUUGUCGCGGCGGUCGCGAGCCUGAAGCGCGCGCUGUACUUGGACCCGUUCGAGUGGAUCACGUCGUACAACCUCGGGCUCGUGCAUCUCAACACGGGCCAGUACGCAUCGGCGUUCCACUACUUUAGCGCGGCCAUCAACCUCAAACCCGACUUUCCGAGCUCGUACAUGUACCUUGCGAUUACGCUCGGGCGCCUCGAUGACUUUGAGAAUGCGUGCAGUGCGUACGACAAGGCGAUCGAGAUGGAAGCGGACCACAUGUUUCACCUCAACUAUGCCCUCACGCUCUUUAAUAACGACGAGCUGGAGCGCGCCAAGGUCCAAUUCAACAAAUUUGAAGCGAUCUUCGAGACGCUGGACGAAGCGACACGCUCGAGUGACCCGGAGGUCAUGGACCAACGCCAAGCGCUCUUAAACGCGCUCUCGACCGUCAACUGAUCACCGCCUACCCGCAAUCGAUACCUUGAUAUUUGCUGUC